CCGUCAAGCCGGCACGCCAGCAACGCUGCUCCGGCACAGCGGGCCCGUGCCUUAACGUUCCCGCACGACAACGCCUGUACAUGUCAUCGGUCGGCGUUGACCGCUCUCUUCUGUUUCUUUCUUCGCCUCCAUUUGCAUGCUGCUGCAUUAGUAGAGUACGUGCUUGCGCCGUGCGUGCGCCUCUUAAUGGCUGUUCUGACACACAUUUUCCGGCUGUUUCUGUAGAGUUAUGUUACAUCUAACCGUGUGUACGUCUUUUGAGGGAGCACGGCCAUAAUUGCGCUGGUCGCAGCCAACUUUGACUGCAUCGCUGCCAGUGCAUGUACAGCUAACGACGCCGUUAUCCAAUUAGAAAAUCCUUUGUAUCUCUUCCGCCAAACUGCUCAUCCGCACAUAUACCGGCGCAGAGCAGCGCUUACGCCGCAUUGUCGUUAUCGACGUUUCUCCGCGCUCCACUGCCUCCCGUACAACUUAUAUAUUCAAGUGCAGCGCCAGUGCGUACUAGCGAGCGACAACAGUCCUUAAUCGGCAUUAAUAACACAAAUCCCCGUUUGUCUACAAAAUACGCCACUCACUGCGCAUCCUUCCACUUGCAGUUCCACUGUCCCGCUGCAAUUGCCAACUAGUUAUUUUUCCGACUUUUGAGCGUCGUCGACCAACCGGCAUAAUGCCGUGGAUUAUUUCCGCGUCUCCCGGGAUUGCAUUCUCUUUAAAAAACCCCGACAAUAUGUAAUGCGAUUUGGAGCGCCCAUUGUGCGGCGCCGGAGCGUUCAUGCCGAUAUGUUAUGCGGUCAUUCUGAAAUGCGUGCUUAAUACUUGAAGUAGCCAGCGUGCACCUCUAUAUUCUGAAAACAUUAAGUUGAUGACCUUGGCCGAUUGUGCGAAAUAUCAUCCUAUGGCAUGUUGGGAAUCUGCGCAAGCGGGUCAAUGAAAGCGAAGAAUUAGUUCUCGAAGUGCCGUCUUGACAUGACCUUUUGUUCCUGACCUACAACUGGACUGUGGUCUGGGAAGGCCCGGGCCAUACAAAUACGCGUAGCGAGAGCGGAUCGUGCUGCCGCCACCUGUAUCAUAAGUGCACAGACUCCGGAUAGCCGACUGGCCUGUUACUUGUUGGUGCAGCGUUUCUUAAUAAUGACGAGGCUGGCAGCGGGUGAAGGUCAACGCCAGCAGCCAGCUUAAUCGCUACAUGUGUUCCAACCACCAUCAUCGCAGCCGCCCACCUAGUCCGAGACACCGUCCCCCUCCCGCCUGUGAUACGCCCGCUGCAGCGCAAAGGUCACGCGCCGCUAAUGCCCCCUGGUCGUCGUUCUCUGGCCACUGCAUCCCGGAGAAGAUGACCCAUCUGGAGAAGAUCCUGGCCCGCGGGAUGCGCAGCUCCAGCAGCAGCGCCACCGCGGGCCACGCGCACCCCGCCAACAACACCAGUACUGUAGCCAGCCACAAGAGCAGCUCGGCCGUGCCGUCCACCGCACGUCAUCCACCGCGCCGCGCGCAGGCGGCGGACCAACUGCCGGCCAGUCCCAGCCGCGCCGGCAACUACAGCCGGCACGUGCCCGCCCACGCCCCCGCCCACGGCUACGACCACGUCCACAGCCAGCACGUUAACGCCGUGACCGGCCAGUCCGAGGCCGGGACCGGCGCCGGCGCCGAGCUGGAGAUGGAGCUGGACGACGAUUUCGGCUUUCCCGAGUGCUUCGUCAGCCGGCUGCCGGACCGGCGCUCGCCGCUGUACCAGCCGCCCCACAGCGUGCUGGACGCCUGUCUCCUCUGCGACGAGGAGGGCCUCUGCGACAUCCUCAAGAAGGGCGUCACGCGCGCCGCACUGAACCGCCGCGACACCAAGACCGGCCGGACCGGUCUGGCGUACGCGUGCGCCCAGGGCUACCUGGGCAUCCUGGACAUUCUCGUCGGCAUGGUGCCCAUCCUGGACGUCAACGCUGCCGAUAACGAAGGAAACACGCCGCUGCACUUGGCCGCCGAAGCAGGUCAUGCGGAUGUGCUGAGCAACCUGCUGGCGUUCUUCCGCGAUGUGCAGAUUGACGCCAGAAACCACAGCGGUCUGACUCCUCUAAUGAAGGCGGCGAUCCAAGGACGCACAAACUGCGCGAAAAUUCUCCUUUUUGCCGGAGCGUGUCCGGCGCUGCGCGACGGCGGGCGGUGCCUGUGCGCGUCGGAGUGGGCGCGGCUGUGCGGCCGCCACACGGCGGCGGAGAUCAUCGACCGAUUCCCGCACACCAGCUGCCUCCUGCACCCGGUGGCCCCGCCCGGCCACGGCCACCCGCACAACCAGUCCGCGGGUUUAUACGGCGAGCGGUCCGCCCGCGGCGGCCCCAAUCAAGCGGCGUACUCUGCGAAAGCCGGCAGCCGCACCCCGCAGAGCGCCCGCCGCACACCGACCAGCAACGGCAGCCAACCGGCGCGGGACGGCGACAGCGGCGCGGGCAGCCCCGUAUCGGCGUCACUCAUGGUGCGGCGCACGCAGCGGGCGGCCAGCGAGCCCAACCUGCAGAGCCGCAAGUCGCUGCAGCUGGAGCUGCUGCAGCCGGCACCGAACAGCGGCAAGCCUAACUGGAUCCGCCGGAAAUUGGCCAAGGCCUUCGGGCAGGCCACGGGCCGGCGCGACGAGCAGGAGACCUUCAAGGAACGCCGCUCGGCCUCGCUGCACCCGGCGGUGCUCUCCGAACAGCUCAAGUACGCUUCCUCGCCUAGUCUGCAGGGCCUGGCACACAACGCUCCCUUUGCCUGCUACAGCACCGGCCAGCGUGCGCACGGUUCCAGCGACAACCUGCGUUCCAAGGCGGCGAUGGUGGUGCCCAAAGUGAAGGUCUACCAUUCCGACAGCGAGUGCGACACGGCGCCGCCGGAAGUGCCCGAGAAGAAGCACAAACUGAACUUCAAGAAGGUCAUGAUGUUCCGCAAGCGCAGUGCCAGCAGCAGCAAACUGAAGAAGAUUUAGCCACAGCCGUUGAGAUGUUAAUUCCACUGAGCGAUACAGACACUAAGAGUAAAAGAAUGAUAAUAUUGUGUUAUUUGUAUUCUUGUAUAUAAAAAUUCUACGUAAAUAUUCGCCAGGGCAGGCGGAAUGUACAAUUUAUGUUAUCUUUGCCGGCUUCUGGUGUAUAUAACAUACAGUAUAUGAAGAACAAGUUUAAGCACCUACGCUUGAACAAUGGACAUUAAUGCUUAAAUGCGGUAUUUCGA